UUCACAAAACUUUCGCAAACAGCCUUUUGUUCCAACCCCAUGGCAUUGUCCUGGACACUAAAUUUGCAUAAAUCCUGGGAAGUUAUUACUAAGCAGCUUCAGGUAAUUUCCUCCCAGACCUCUUAGGGGUUAUGUAUAAAGGCCCUCUGGAUCUAGGCCCCAACAGAGCCCAGAGGCUGUGGCCCAGACCCAUCCAGACCCAUGGCUAAACCUGCUGUCCAAAGCCCCGUUAAGCUGAUGGCCCUACAGCUGCUGCUCUGGCACAGUGCAUUCUGGAUGGUACAGGAAGCCAGUCCCCUGGGCCCUGCCAGUUCCCUGCCCCAGGACUUUCUGCUCAAGUGCUUAGAGCAAGUGAGAAAGAUCCAGAAUGAAGGUGCGGCCCUGCAGGAGAAGCUGUGUGCCACCUACAAGCUGUGCCACCCUGAGGAGCUGGUGCUGCUGGGGCACUCUCUGGGCAUCCCCCAGACUCGCCUGAAUGGCUGCCCAAGCCAGGCCCUGCAGCUGACCAGCUGCUUGAGCCAACUCCACAGGGGCCUCUUCCUCUACCAGGGCCUCCUGCAGGCCCUGGCAGGGAUAUCCCCUGACUUGGCCCCCACCUUGGACAUGCUGCAACUGGAUGUCGCUGACCUUGCCACCACCAUCUGGCAGCAGAUGGAAGACCUGGGGGUGGCCCCUGCCCUGCAGCCCACCCAGGGUGCCAUACCCACUUUCACCUCUGCUUUCCAGCGCCGAGCGGGAGGUGUCCUGGUCACUUCCCAUCUGCAGCGCUUCCUGGAACUGGCGUACCGUGUGCUCCGCUACCUCGCUCAGCCCUGAGCAAGCCCUUCACAUCCUGUAUAUUUAUCUCUAUUUAAUAUUUAUGCCUAUUUAAUCCUGUAUUUAAAGGCAGGGAAGAGAACGGAGCCCCAGAUUUCUGGGCCCUUCCCUCCAUCUCCUGCUGUAGCAGUGAGAACAGCUCCUGUCCUCCUGUCCCCUGGACUAGGAGGUGAAUAGGUAAAUACCAAGUAUUUAACUCCUGUCACUGCUCCCUGGCCCUGGUUGUGUGGAGCACUGGGGAGAGCUGCAGUGAGUCUUCCCCCUAGGGUACCCACCAUGGGGCCCUUGGGAGGAUCAGAAGGUCUCCCACAUCGGAGACCAGACAUCCCUGUUUAAUAUUUAAACAGCAGUGUUCCCCAACUGGGUCCUCCCACCCUCACUUUGGUCUCUGCUGUCUGUGCCAGACCCUGUGUCUCUUGGGUGUCAAGUCCCUGGACUAGUAAGGGCAGCAAGUGGGGGUGUUGGCCCUGGGGUCCCACGAAUUUGCUGGGGAAUUUAGUUUGUCUUAAGAUUUGGGGGGCAUAUUUUGACUCCCAGCAUAAGGAGUGCAAGCAUCAUGGACAUUUCUCCCGUUUUUCCGGGUGGUCUUUCCAGGUGCCCUCAGGACGCCCACCCUGCCCCACCAGGAUCAGACUCCUGACUCCCUUUAGGGCUGGGCUUCUGCCUCACUGAGCUGGGACUGGGGAUGUGGGAGGGAAUGUGUCAGGUGUGUGUAAGAGGAAACUCGACUAUUCGCACUCCACCACUGAUCCCACUUUCUCUUUGUAACCAAGCUUCAGAAUAAUAAA